CUUGGAGAGCAGGAGAUGAAUUCUCGCUCCGAGCAGGCCGGUCAGCCGAAGCUGAGCAACUCUUCAUCCCAUCGACCAUUCGACGAGCGGAACCUAGAGAGAAAGAUCUCCUACAUUCUCUCGCUCAAACACAAGGACCUGGUUGACAAGGAAAUCAAAGACUGCACGGGGCAUCUGCUGUCUCUCUUCAAUACAACAACAGGCAUUGUCAGGCUGGCAGACCUCAAACAGCUCCUUCACGAUACUUGCGAAUCCUCGAUCAACCUCGGUGCUUCCUUCCUACUCCAGAAGAGGCUCCAGCAGAGGGAGAAGGAGGAACUUCAACCACAGGAAGCUCUCAUCGCCUUCCGCUCCUCCCGCACUCCAGACUUGUUCUCCUCCUCCCAGCCGAGCGGGAUGAGAGCGCGACCCAGGAGCGCGAUGGCCCAUACGAGCUUCCAGGCGACUACUGAAGAUCCGGGGAGGGAGGGGGCGAAGUCGAGCAUGGGCACAAAUCAACACAGGCACGACAUACAAUGGAGAGCGCUGUGGUGAGAAGAGAUGACGACGUGAGGUGGACGAGAGGAGAAAAGCGAACAGGAGGGAGCAGGAGCAGGAGCAGGAGCAGGAGCAGGAGCAGGAGCAGGAGCAGGAGCAGGAGGAGAGAAGGGGAGAUGCUGAAGGUUUACAGGUCAUUCCAUGACAAGAAGAGGUUCCCUCCUCGCCCUCUGUCCGCCAUGGCCGCGUCCAAGACCGACAAGAUCUCAGUGGACACGCUGCAUGUCGACUCGAAGCAGAUCCAACCGCUGGUGACGUGGAAGACGAUCCGCAGAGCCAACAUCAGCGAAGUCUCUACCAACCGCAAACUUCCGUCUCGGCCUUUCUCAGCACAGCCGUCAAGACGAUGGUGAGGAGUGAGGUUGAGGAGGGGUUGGGGGAAUGUCUGUCUAUCUACCUUGUCAUCAUAACAAAGUGAAUCAAAUAUG